AGCCAGGAGAGGUUCCUGCCACCAAAACUGACAACCUGUGUUCGACACGCAGAACCACACGGCAGAAGAGCUGACCCCCAACAAGCUGUCCUCUGACCUCCACAUGUGAACCUUGGUGUGUGCAUGUGCAUGUGCGCGCGCGCGCACACACGCACAAGCACACAACAUGCGAUAUUAAAUUUUUUAUUUUGAAAAUGUAAUAAAAAAGUAAAGUUUGAGAAAGAGAAAGAGAAGAUGUUUGAUGUUUGGGGUGUCGCUGUGAAGUGCUGUCCUCCAGGUGAAAUGACUGACAUGAUGUUUGGGGUGUAGCUGUGAAGUGCUGUCCUCCAGGUGAAAUGACUGACAUGAUGUUUGGGGUGUGAAGUGCUGUCCUCCAGGUGAAAUGACUGACACGAUGUUUGGGGUGUAGUUGGCUGUGAAGUGCUGUCCUCCAGGUGAAAUGACACAAUGUUUGGGGUAUAGUUGGCUGUGAAGUGCUGUCCUCCAGGUGAAAUGACUGACAUGAUGUUUGGGGUGUAGCUGUGAAGUGCUGUCCUCCAGGCAUGAUGUAGCCAUUGAGCUCUUGGUAGAGGCUGUGCAUCUGUGGGGCAGAUCUAAACAGGAAAUUCUCUCUCUCUCUCUUGAUUUUGCUGUUAUUGUAAGACUGUCUUUAAAAAUAGUCUUUGUAGCCCAGCAUAGUGGUGCAGACUUUUAAUCCCAGCACUCGGGAAGCAGAGGCAGGUGAAACUCUGAGUUCAAGGCCAGCCUGGUCUACAGAAGGAAUUCCAGCACAGCCAGGACAACACAGAGAAACUCUGAAUCAGAGAGAGAGAAUUUAGUAAGGUGACCUCAUAAAAAUAGGUAUACAGAAAUCAAUAGUGAUAAUAAAUGAAGCAACAAUCAAUUAUACGAAACAAAUAACAGAGAUUUCUAAUAAACAACAAAAAGAUGAUAAGGCCAGGCAUGGUGGUGCACGCCUUUAAUCCCAGCACUCAGGAGGCAGACGCAGGCAGAUCUCUGAGUUCGAGGCCAGCCUGGUCUACAGAGUAAGUUCCAGGACAGCCAGGGCUACACAGAGAAACAGGGUAUGCAUAGGUGCUCUGCGUAAAUGUUGUGGCCGUUAGCUUGGUGUUCUUGUGAGUCUCCUAACUUUGGGAGUGGAUGUGUCUCUGACUUGUUUUGCCUGCUCUUGGGACUCUCUUCCUCCUGCUGGGUUGCCUUGUCCAGCAUUGUUCAGAGGGCUCUUGCCUUGCCUUAUUGUAUUUUGUUUUGUCAUAUUUGGUUGUUGUCUCUUGGAGGUCUGCUCUUUUCUGAUGGGAGAUAGAAAGGGAGUGGAUCCAGGGAAGAGGGGAGAUGAUAGGGGGAGCUGGGAGGGGCGGGUGGAGGGGAAACUGUAGUUGGGAUGUAUUGUAUGAGAGAAGACUCUAUUUUCAAUAAUAUAUAUAUACACAUACAUAUAUAAAUUAAAAGACAGUGAAAUAAGAAUAAACUUGCAAGGUGUGGUGGUUUAAAUGUAAUUGACCCCCAUAAGCUCACAGGGAGUGCCACCAUUAGGAGGUGUGGCUUUGUUGGAGUAGAUUUGGCCUUGUUGGAGGAAGUGUGUCACUGUGGGGGUGGGUUUUGAGGUCUCAUAUAUGCUCAAGCCAUGCCCAGUAUCUCAGACCACUUCCUGAUGCCUGUGAGUCAAGAUGUAAGGACUCUCAGCUCCUGCUCAGCACCAUGUCUGCCUGCAUACCACCAUGUCGCACAAUGAUGAUAACGGACUAAAUCUCUGAAAAUAUAAGCAUCCCAAUUAAAUGAUUCUCCUUCAUGAGAAUGGUGUCUCUUCACAGCAAUAGAAACCCUAACUAAGACGCAAGAUAUCGGAUACUUAUUGAGUAUGUGUGUGUGAGAGAGAGAGAGAGAUGGGUGGGGGCCUCAUGUAACCUAGACUGGACUGGAACUCACUACCUGGACAAGGCUGACUUUGAACUCCUGAUCCUCCUGCCUCCUUCCCAAGCUCUAGGAUGAGAGGCAUGUGUCACCUGGUUUCUUCAGUUCUAGGAACGGAGCCUCCUGCAUGCCCAGUGAGCCCUCGACCCACUGAGCCCCACCCACCUCCAACAUUUAUAUCAACAUAUUUUAAACCACUCCGGCAAGAAGCAGCGGAGAACCGGAGAACUGGCAGGAGAUGGGGUUUAUGCAGUUUCUUGGGGAUGGAGCUUUCCAGGGUGGGGACUGGUGGCAUUUCAAGUCUUGAGCUUGGGGUGAGCCCAGGGAUUGGUAGGUUUUCGAAUCCAGAGCUUGGACUCCCGUGUCUAGAGGGGCCGGGGACGGCCAUUGUGGCCGUUGGGGUCCUCAGGGGAGGGCCCUGACCACCUGAGUGUCUCGAGGGACUGAGUUUAUAGCUCAGCGGUGGAGCCCUUGCCUAGCAACCCCCACCCCAGCCCAACACAACAACAAAAAAGAUAAAGAGAGAAAGAACCUGGUCACGGCGCCAUUGCUGUGCAGCCCUUGAGACUGUCCACAAGGAGUUACCAACUGACCUCCAGAACUGUACCAUAGCAUGCACACACACUCAAGAGCAUACAUACAAACACAUCAUACAUACAUACCUAUGUAUAUACAUAUAUGAAUAUAAUAUAUAUGCAUGUGUAUAUAUAUAUGCAUACAUAUAAUAAAGGGUUUUUUUAUUAUUCUAAGUGCCCUCUUUCAGUGCGGAGCCUCGAGCACAGCAGGCCAGUGCUCUCCUGCUGAGGCCUGUUUCCAAUCCCAGAGCCUUUCUUCUGACCCGUAACCUCCCUCCUUCUCAUGACCAAUCGGGCCUAACCCUGUACAUUGUGUUAGAGCUCUGAGGGAAAAGUCUUUCUCAAUGGAAGAGUUACAGCUCUGAAGGGAAAGGAAGCCUGGCAGUCAGGAGCCAAGGAAUACCGCAGAGUCACACAAGAAAAACCCAGGAGGGAAGAACCAGGGAGGGCAGCGGCCUCUGCUCCGGCAAGAAGCAGCGGAGAACCGGAGAACUGGCAGGAGAUGGGGUUUAUGCAGUUUCUUGGGGAUGGAGCUUUCCAGGGUGGGGACUGGUGGCAUUUCAAGUCUUGAGCUUGGGGUGAGCCCAGGGAUUGGUAGGUUUUCGAAUCCAGAGCUUGGACUCCCGUGUCUAGAGGGGCCGGGGACGGCCAUUGUGGCCGUUGGGGUCCUCAGGGGAGGGCCCUGACCACCUGAGUGUCUCGAGGGGCUUACAGGCAUAACGCUUGGUCCCCAUUUAGGGCAAAGGCAUGCUGCUGGUCGUAAAAUCCGAGGGGGUGUGGUAGGGGAAUCCAAACAGAAUUUCUGGGUUGCACAACCUGGACAGACCUGAAGACAAUGAGUCAGCUUUGCCUCCAGCCUCUGGUCUUUGUGAGGCCAUGAUCUGAAACAGGUCCCCAGGCCCCCUUCCUCCCCUCCUCUGAGGUAAGUCAGCAUGCUCAACGCUAUUCAUCUGCCCAUCACACGGUGACAUAGGCACUGCCGUGGUCCUUCACCCACAUAAAACUUCUGAAGAGCCUGUGGGGCUGUGUGACCCAUGCUACUGGAAGAAUUUCAUACACACGCUCCACCCAGGAAAGAGGAUUACCAGGCAGGAGUCAGGGAGCAAAGUCCUGCCAUGGGAGGACGGGAGACUUACAUCUGCCAGACCAGCAGAGGCAAAAAGCCAGUGUCCCGGGACGCACCAGCUAGAGCGGGCAUCAUGGAUGUGCUGGUCCCGUUCCUGCAGCUGCUGGUGCUGCUCCUCACACUUCCGCUGCACCUGCUGGCUCUGCUGGGCUACUGGCAGCCCAUGUGCAAAACCUACUUCCCCUACUUGAUGGCCAAGUUAACAAAAAGCUCCAACAAAAAGAUGGAAGGCAAGAAACGGGAACUGUUUAGCCAGAUAAGUGAUCUUAAGGGGACCUCCGGGAAAGUGGCCCUGCUGGAGCUGGGCUGUGGCACCGGUGCUAACUUCCAGUUCUACCCGUCUGACUGCAAGGUCACCUGCGUGGACCCAAACCCCAACUUCGAGAAGUUCCUCACAAAGAGCAUGGCUGAGAACAGGCACCUCCAGUACGAGCGCUUCAUCGUGGCUUAUGGAGAGGACAUGAAACAGCUGGCGGACGGCUCCAUGGACGUGGUGGUCUGCACCCUGGUGCUGUGUUCUGUACAGAGCCCCAAAAAGGUCCUGCAGGAAAUCCAGAGAGUCCUGAAGCCGGUAAGCAAAGUAGCAAGGGUGUGGGCCUGGGGCAGGUGAGUCCGGCCUUGGCAGCUCCGGCGUUCAGGACCCCGGAUGGGGAAUCCCGGGAAGCUGAUGUAGCUUACCCUCUGACAGCAGAAUACGCCAUCAGAAUGGCCUGCGGUCUAGGAUCUGUGUGGGACAAUAGGAUGCUAUUAGGAAACACAGGGGAGUGUGCUCAGUGCAGUGGGGAGGGAGCUGUGAAGACACGGAAGACGGUGAGGUUUAAAAUGAAGCGUUAUGCUGCGGAGGAGGUGGGGGAACAGAAGGUUUUGAGUAGAAAUGUCAGGGGGAGUACGGUCUCUGAGAGGUUGAGCUGGGUGUGGAAAGAAAGGAAUUUAGGGCAAUUUCCAAAGUUUCUGGCUCGCACCACAGAAGGGGGAGUGGAUGAAAUGGCCACUUGCUGGAAUGGCAAAACUGUUCUGAACCGGUUGGGUCUCAGGAUCUGCUAAGACAUCCAUGCGGAGAAGCCACACGGGUCGUUAGAAAAUCAGGACAUGAUGUGGCCUGGAAAAAAAGAGCUAUGGCCAGUAUGACCUUUUAGUGGUAAUUCAGUAUGGGAGUGAAUGAAACCCCUGGGAAGAGGAGGGGGGCGGCGCUUGAGGAAGCCCUGCAGUAGCCAGAACCCUGGGGUAUCCUGGUUGUACUGGACACCAGAGUCUCAGGAGAGGCUGGGAUCAUGUCUCUAUCUAGCAGGUAUGUCUAACCCACAGCCCCUGGUUAGCUAUGAAAGUGACCCAACACAAAACUGUAAAUGUGUUUAAAAUACAGUGAGACUUUUUUGGGUGCCUUUUCGUAACUUAAUCACAAAGUUCUUGAGGGUGAACAUGGUAGACAACAAGUGUCGUGUCACAGUGCUGGAAGGUCCCACGCCUGGACAAACCCUCAGUGUCUCCUGUUCCCCUCCGUACGGUCCUCGUAGUCGUUCUGUGAAGAUCUCUCUCACCAGUCACGGCCGCCCAGUUACCAGAAGCUCCUUACAAGCACUGUGAGGGUGUGAGGAGGGCAGGAGCCCUUUGUUCCGUACACUCUCAGGCCAGAAGCUCUUACUUCAGAGAGAUCUGACAAGCUGGGUCUGAGAGAAGGAAGGGGGCGUGAGACCAAAAGAGCAACGUGGAGUAGAUAAGUGACCUUAACUCCCUCCUUCCUCCCUCCCAGGGAGGACUGCUGUUCUUCUGGGAGCACGUGGCUGAGCCUCGGGGAAGCUGGGGCUUCCUGUGGCAGCGAGUUUUUGAGCCCACCUGGAAACACAUCGGGGAUGGCUGCCACCUCACCAGAGAGACCUGGAAGGACCUUGAGAAGGCAGGGUUCUUUAAUGUCCAAAUGGAAUGGCAGCCCCCUCCCUUCAAGUGGUUACCUGUUGGGCCCCACAUCAUGGGAAAAGCUGUGAAAUAACCCUCCCCCAGGAGCCCAUCUGCUCCCUCCCUGCCUGUAGUCAGAGCCACCCCAGUGAGGUAAAGAAUGAGAGAACCUCCUCAGCACUGCUGCUGAGAUGACCAGCAGCCUCAGUUCCUCUUACACAGUGAGGCUUUCCUCCCUGCUUUCUCCAGAGGUAUAAAACUAUACAGUGCCAUACUGUCAACUGCAAAGCCCUGGACUUUGCCCACCCACCUUCUAGGACCCCUAUUCUCCCUUUGUCCCCGUGGUGAAGUUCUCACUGCUGUUCUUUUGAGACGACACCCAUGUGCCCCUUGGAACUAGUCACAAGCCAAUGCACGUAUUCCCUGCCAGACCUGCCAGACCACCUCAGCCUCCCUCCCUACUGCCCAUUCUGUCCUGAGCUUCAGAGGAACAGAGAGAAGGCAAACCCUCAGGAUGAGAGAACAGCACUCAAUAAA